CGGAGGACGCGGCUGCCGCUCAGCGAGGAGCGACUCUCCGAGACUCGCUCCGACUCACUUUGGAUUAACACCGGGAGGGGGUUCCGAGGACAGACUUGGACCGACGAAGCAAGAACCGAACCGGGCAGCAGAGCCUUGAAGUCCGUUUCUCUCGGCGGAAUGGCGGACCGGGACCCGGUGCCGCUUCCUGCGGAGGUGCGGGCUAAACUGGCCGAGCUGGAGCUGGAGUUGUCGGAGGGUGACAUCACGCAGAAGGGCUAUGAGAAGAAGAGAUCCAAGCUGAUCGGAGCAUACUUCCCUCAGACACAAGGAAUGGAACCAGCCAUGGGCCAGGAGAGGAGAGCGCCGGUCACCCCCUCCUCCUCCUCACGGUACAAUCGCCGGCGGUCGUCUGGCUCCAGAGACGAACGCUACAGAUCAGAUGUGCACACCGAGGCGGUGCAGGCUGCCCUGGCGAAGCAUAAAGAAAGAAAGAUGGCGGUGCCGAUGCCUUCGAAGCGGCGGUCGCUCGUGGUCCAAACCUCCAUGGAUGCAUACACUCCACCAGACACCUCCUCAGACUCGGAUGGUGAGGGGCAGGAAGAAGGCGACGAGGAAGGCGGCGGAGACGGUGAACAAGAGGAUGGCGGAGGUGGCGGAGGAACCCCAUCCAGCCGGGAGGGGAGCAUCACCAUGGAGCACUGGAUCAGCCGGGCAAUCCACGGCACCUCCUCCACCACCACCACCUCGUCCACUGCCUCCUCUUCCUCUUCCUCCACCCGCAGUGGGGGCAGCGGGGCAGCUGGCGGCAGGCUGGCUGACGUACUGGCUCAACACGUUCACAUCUCCGCUCAGCACCACCUCCGUCACCACCACCAUCACCGCCGCAAGACAGAGAACCACUCAGCCCCACCAGACGUCACCAGCUACACCAACAACACCACCAACACCCCCGCCACCGAUGGGAUCCAAGUGGAACGAACCCCAGGGCCCGGUUUUGCCGCCCAGAGACAGACGCCCAAAUACGGCAACGCGGAGCUGAUGGAGACCGGAGACGGUGUUCCAGUCAGCAGCAGAGUUUCAGCCAAAAUACAGCAACUCGUCAACACGCUGAAGAGACCCAAACGACCUCCGUUAACGGAGUUCUUCGUUGACGACUUCGAGGAACUUCUGGAAGUCCAGCAGCCAGACCCCAACCUGCCCAAGGCUGAAGGGGCCCAGAUGGUCGCCAUGCGUGGCGAGCAGUUGGGCGUGGUGACCAACUGGCCCCCGUCUCUGGAGGCGGCUCUGCAAAGGUGGGGCACCAUCUCUCCAAAGGCCCCAUGUCUGAGCACCAUGGACACCAAUGGCAAGCCGCUCUACGUGCUUACCUACGGUAAACUGUGGUCCAGGAGUGUGAAGGUGGCCUACAACCUGCUGAACAAACUGGGAUCCAAACAAGAACCGCUGGUCCGGCCUGGAGACAGGGUGGCGCUCGUCUUUCCCAACAACGACCCCGGUGCCUUCAUGACGGCGUUUUACGGCUGCCUGCUGGCUGAGGUCGUCCCCGUUCCGAUAGAAGUCCCGCUCACCAGGAAGGACGCCGGCAGUCAGCAGAUCGGGUUCCUGCUGGGCAGCUGCGGAGUCACCGUGGCCCUGACCAGCGACGCCUGCCAUAAAGGCUUACCCAAAAGCCCCACAGGAGAGAUCCCACAGUUCAAAGGUUGGCCCAAGGUGCUGUGGUUCGUCACAGAGUCCAAACACCUCUCCAAACCUCCCAAAGACUGGUUCCCACAAAUCAAGGACGCCAACCAGGACACGGCCUACAUCGAGUACAAGACGUGUAAAGACGGCGGUGUCCUGGGUGUGACGGUGACGAGGGUUGCGAUGCUCACGCACUGCCAGGCCCUCACACAGUCCUGCUCGUACACAGAAGCUGAGACCAUAGUGAAUGUUUUAGACUUCAAGAAGGAUGUGGGGCUGUGGCACGCCAUCCUGACCAGCGUGAUGAACAUGAUGCACGUCAUCAGCAUCCCCUACGCCCUGAUGAAGGUGAACCCUCUGUCCUGGAUCCAGAAGGUCUGCCAGUAUAAAGCGAGGGUGGCCUGUGUCAAGUCCAGGGACAUGCACUGGGCUCUGGUGGCCCAUCGGGACCAGCGGGACGUCAACCUGAGCUCCCUGCGCAUGCUGGUGGUGGCUGACGGUUCCAAUCCAUGGUCAAUCUCGUCCUGCGACGCGUUCCUCAACGUCUUCCAGACUAAAGGUUUGAAGCCGGAGGUGAUCUGUCCCUGCGCCAGCUCCACGGAGGCUCUGACUGUCGCCAUACGGAGGCCGCUGGAGGACGGCAUCACGCCUCCAAACCGCGGCGUGUUGUCCAUGCAGGGUUUGAGCCACGGCGUGAUCCGGGUGGACUCGGAGGAGAAGCUGUCCGUCCUCACGCUCCAGGACGUUGGUUCCGUCAUGCCUGGAGCCAUGAUGUGUGUGGUCAAACUCGAAGGAGUGCCUCAGCUCUGUAAAACUGACGAGAUCGGAGAGAUGUGUGUUUGCACCGCUGCCACUGGAUCCUCUUAUUAUGGGCUGGCAGGAAUGACCAAAAACACGUUCGAGGUCUUCCCCGUGCUCAACAACGGGACUCCCGUCAGCGAGUUUCCCUUCACCAGGACCGGCCUGCUGGGAUUCAUCGGACCUGCGGGUCUGAUCUUCGUCGCUGGGAAGAUGGACGGUCUGAUGGUGGUGGGAGGACGUCGUCACAACGCGGACGACAUCGUCGCCACGGCGCUGGCGGUGGAGCCCAUGAAGUUUGUCUACAGAGGCAGGAUAGCGGUGUUUUCCAUCACGGUGCUGCACGAUGAGAGGAUCGUCGUCGUUGCCGAGCAACGACCCGACUCCACUGAGGAGGACAGCUUCCAGUGGAUGAGCCGAGUUCUGCAGGCGAUUGACAGUAUCCACCAGGUGGGGGUGUACUGCCUGGCUCUGGUGCCCUCCAACACUCUGCCCAAGACUCCCCUGGGUGGCAUCCACCUCUCUGAGACCAAGCAGCUGUUUUUGGAGGGGGCGCUGCACCCCUGCAACGUGCUCAUGUGUCCACACACCUGCGUCACCAACCUGCCCAAACCUCGGCAGAAACAACCAGAGAUCGGACCGGCCUCUGUGAUGGUCGGGAAUCUGGUUUCAGGGAAGAGGAUCGCUCAGGCCAGCGGCAGGGAUCUGGGUCAGAUCGAAGACAAUGACCAGGCAAGGAAGUUCCUCUUCCUGUCUGAGGUGCUGCAGUGGAGAGCUCAGAGCACUCCUGACCACGUCCUGUACACACUCCUCAACUCCAGGGGUACCAUAGCCAGCUCUCUGACUUGUGUCCAGCUGCACAAGAAAGCAGAGAAGAUCGCCGCCGUGCUGGCUGAACGGGGCCACCUGCAGGACGGGGACCACGUGGCGCUGGUUUACCCCCCAGGUGUCGACCUGAUCGCGGCGUUUUACGGCUGCCUGUACGCCGGCUGCGUCCCAAUAACCGUCAGGCCCCCUCACCCGCAGAACAUCUCCACCACGCUGCCCACCGUCAAGAUGAUCGUGGAGGUGAGUCGGUCGGUGUGUGUGAUGACCUCUCAGGUCAUCUCCAAGCUGCUGAAGUCCAAGGAGGCGUCGGCAGCCGUGGACGUCCGGAUGUGGCCUCCUGUCAUAGACACAGCCACCAGUGCCUUCUGCCGCUCCAUCAAGCUGCAGUGUGAGCUCUACCCGUCCAGAGAGGUGGCCAUCUGCCUGGACCCGUACUGCGGCCUGGGCUUCGUCGUCUGCGUGUACUCAGGCCACCAGUCCAUCCUGAUCCCUCCGUCCGAGCUGGAGGUGAACCCGGCUCUGUGGCUGUCGGCCGUCAGUCAGUACAAAGUCCGGGACACGUUCUGCUCCUACAGCGUCAUGGAGCUCUGCACCAAAGGUCUGGGUCUGCAGACCGACGCCCUGAAGGCUCGAGGACUGGACUUGUCCCGAGUGAGGACGUGUGUGGUGGUGGCUGAGGAGCGUCCCAGGAUAGCCCUGACCCAGUCCUUCUCCAAGCUCUUCAAGGACCUGGGACUCCACCCUCGGGCCGUCAGCACCUCCUUCGGCUGCAGAGUCAACCUGGCCAUCUGCCUGCAGGGCACGUCCGGACCCGACCCCACGACUGUGUUUGUUGAUAUGAGGGCGCUUCGACAUGACAGGGUCAGACUCGUAGAGAGGGGGUCCCCGCACAGUUUGUCUCUCAUGGAGUCUGGGAAGAUCCUGCCUGGGGUCAGAAUCAUCAUCGCCAACCCAGAGACCAAAGGACCGAUGGGGGAGUCGCACCUGGGAGAGAUCUGGGUGCACAGCAGCCACAACGCCAGCGGUUACUUCACCGUCUAUGGGGACGAGAUGCUUCAGUCGGACCAUUUCAGCUCCAGACUCAGUUUUGGGGACACGCAGACUGUUUGGGCUCGAACCGGGUACCUGGGCUUCCUCCGCAGGACCGAGCUCACAGACGCCAGCGGAGAGCGCCACGAUGCUCUGUAUGUGGUGGGCGCUCUGGAGGAAGCCAUGGAGCUGAGGGGGAUGAGGUACCACCCCAUCGACAUCGAGACCUCCGUCAUCAGGACGCACAAGAGCAUCACGGAGUGCGCCGUGUUCACGUGGACCAACCUGCUGGUGGUCGUGGUGGAACUGGACGGAUCCGAGCAGGAGGCCCUGGAUCUGGUCCCCCUGGUGACCAACGUGGUGCUGGAGGAGCACUACCUGAUCGUCGGCGUGGUGGUCGUGGUCGACAUCGGCGUCAUCCCCAUCAACUCCCGCGGCGAGAAGCAGCGCAUGCACUUACGCGACGGCUUCCUGGCCGACCAGCUGGACCCCAUUUAUGUGGCCUACAACAUGUAGCGCCCCCUGGAGGACAAGAGGAGACGUGAGGAAAACUGAAGUCCAGAGCUCAAAAGGCACAGGAGGCAGCGGAGCACCUUACGUGCCCUGGGUUUCGUCUUUCAGGCAGACCUUAUUCCCACCAUAACUGUUUUUGUUGAGGUCUGUCGGGACGAGAAGUCAGUUUAUUUCAGGGCACAAACGGCGACUUAAGAACUGUUAACGUAGCAAAGAUUCUGGCUUUUACACAUUUAAAUCUUUUUUUUUUUUAACAUCCCUAAAGAGAUUUAGAAUAUUUUUGUGUUUUUACAACGUCAGCCAUCAAACAGUGUGGGAUAUGUUUUGAUACGAGGGACUGGGGGGUGUAGGGGAAGCAAAUCGUAGCUGAUCCUGUUUUACGAUGCGGUACGUUCAUUUUAUUAGCUUCGCUUUAAUCUGUUUUCUAAAGUGGCUGUUUCAGCAGGGAAUCACUCCCGCUUUAUUUUUCAUAAAACUCGCAUCAUGUAAGUAUGUACAAACAGAAACCGAUUUAAUUUAUUUUGUUUCUCUUAUAGAAGGUUUAUGAAGAGAUGUUCUUGAAAUAUUUGCUUAAGAAUAAGAAGA